AUGGAGAAUUGCAACUCGAGAAAGUAUCUGAUGGAAGAAAAAUUACAUCUUAGAAAGGAUGUGGAAGGAAGUUUAGUGGAUCCAAAGGAGUAUAGGCAUAUCGUCGGGUGUCUCGGGUACUUAAUGCACACUCAACCCGAUAUCUCUUAUGUGGUUGGCAUAGUGAGUCGAUACAUGGAGCAGCCUACCACUCUACAUCAACAAGUAGUAAAACACAUUCUUCUUUACAUGAAGGGAACGAAGAGCUAUAGGAUUCAGUUAAGAAAGGGACGAGAAGUUGAAGAACUCGUUAGUUUUACUAAUAGUGACCUAGCUAGUGACACAAACGAUAGAAAAAGUGCUAAAGUGAUGGUGUUUUAUCUCAACGGUAAUUUGAUCACCUACUACUGCAGCAUCGUGCCAAGGACUUUGGCUGAGAAACUUGUUGAGCGAGGUGCUCGGAUGCGAGCUGAGACCGGUAACCCUCUAUGUCGACAACAAGUUUGUAAUAUCAUUAAUGAAGAACCCAGUGUUUCAUGGAUGCAGCAAACACAUUGA